GGUUGAUUAAUAGACAGUGGCACAAUAAUGUGCUAAUGACGGAUUUAGGGGAUCUUAUGUGUGUCGUUUGUGAAUAUCUUAUUCUCUUUAAUGAUGUUGCAUUAAUUAAUAAGGAUAUUGUAGAAAAAUGAACUCUUUUCUAACAACAUCACUAUCUUGAUGUUUUAAUGUAAAAGCUUCUUGCACAUAUAAAAUAAGUGUCUAUGUGACGUUGACUUUGACGUUUACAAGUGUUAUCUAUUAGUUACGUGUUAGUGUUUAGGUUAAAUACAUCAUGUUUGCGAGUUUAAAGAAUAAAAUACGCGAAGAAAUUGGUAGCGAUGUAUCAACUGUAGUUCGAAAUGCUGCAAAUAUUCGAAAUAUAAGUUCUAGGCAUGUUUCACAGACAGGAUCUACCAGUAGUAUUAGCGAAUCUCAAACUUCAUUGGAUGGAUCCCGCGAUGAACACGUAGCUUCUUCUUCUUCUCCAAUUUCGAAGAAACAAGACAAUAAUUUUUCCAUUAAACUCAGUGACAGCAUACAUUUGAAAGAUAUUAAAAAUUUAGACAAUCAAGAGGAAGAAUGGCAUAAAUUCAUAAACAGAAAAGAAAUGGAAUUACAGAAGAAAAUAGAGAAAAUCAAUGAAGAAUGGAAGAUUAAACUUUCGGAAAAGGAUAGAGAAUGGAAGAAAAUAAUAGAGAAGCAAGAAAAAGACAAAAUCAAAUUAGAAACUGAAUUACAAGCUACAGAAAGUUCCAAAAAAUCUUUAGAGUUGGCGCUUAGAGAUGCAGAAGAAUAUAAAAAGAAAUUAUAUAACUUUCAAGAAGAUGCGGAACAACUAGAAAGUUAUCAAACGCAAGAAAUGGCUAAGAUCAAACAUCUCCUUCUAUCGAAAGAACAAGAGGUGGAAGAAAAAUCACAACAUUUAAAAGUUGCCUUAGCAGAAAUUGAAAGCCUAAAGUCAGAAGUUUCGCGUCUUAGGAGAUACGAAGAUGAUUUAAAUAAUAUACAGGAUGAAAUGGAAACUCUGCGCCAUUCGACUCAACGCGAAAAAGCCAAAUUGUCGUGUAAAUUAGCACAAACGGAAGAAGUAGUUCGUCAUCUGAAGGAUAAAGUUUUCGUAUUAGAGCAAAGAGGUGCUUCGGAUACAAAUGAUCCAAUGACGAAUGACGAACGAAUAGCCGAUCUCAUGAGAGAACGUACCCUUUUGGACAGAAAAUUAGAGGAAGCUCAUCUUCAUCUAUCUGAUAUAAAAACCAGUUGGUCAGGAAAAAUAGCAUGUUUGGAAACGCAAGUUGGCAGGCUCAGUAGACAAGCGGGAGAAGAAGGGCUAGAAAGAAGACGCGUAGAAGAAGAGAAAGAAAAAUUGAAGCAAAGGAUUAAACAACUAGAAGCUGAAAUAGAGGUGAACAAUGUUGUUAUGGCGACGAAAGACGCCAAGCUUUUGCGCAUGGCCGAGGACAUCGACGAAAUGGCCACGGAACUAAAAGAGCUCCGGGCCAGCGUCGAUGACGAAGAAUUUAAGCGGCAAAUCGAAACAUCCACAAAUGAAUGCAAUCGAUUGAAAUCAGAAUUAGAAGAGACUACGGAAAAGCUUUCAGCUGCUACAUCAGAAUUAACAUAUUUACGAUCAUCCAAUGAAGAUAUGCGAUCAAACAAUUCUUCUUUGCAUUUAGAAAUAAAUCUGUUAAAGGAAAGUUUAGAGAAUGAGAAACAGAUGAGUGCCAAAUUACAAGAAUGCAUAGAAAAAGAAAAAAAUGAGAAAGAUAGUGCAUUACUGAGGAGUGCACAAUUUUCUCAAGAUAUUGAAAUAAUUAAGCAAGAACAGAGAUUACAAGAAGCUGAAAAUCACGAAUUACAGAAUAAAAUGGACAUUUUGGAAAAUAACUAUAAAGCUAAAAAUGAAGAAUUGGAAAAAGUUAUAGCAAUGUUGAAAAAAUCGAAGCAAAAGAUAAUAGAAUUAGAAGAGGUAGAACGUAAUAAGGAGAAGAUGGAAAAAAACGAAAAAAUAUUGUUGGAUUUGGAAGAGCAAAUAAACGAGAAAACAAAGACGAUUAAAGUAUUAAAACAACGUUUAACAGAUAUGAAAAAGACUUUGCAACGGGAAUUAAGAGUUCCUUCAGCGUCGUUGGACAACGAUGCUGAAUCGUCCACUGCUAUUUUGAAUCCAAGUUCAUCCAAAACGGUCACUGCCAAACAUGUCAACUUAAAAGACGAUGUUAACUUUAAAUAUUUGAAACACGUACUCAUUAAAUUUCUCACUAGCAGAGAAUAUGAGGCUCUUCAUUUAACAAAGGCAGUCGCAACGUUAUUACAUUUUUCACCGGAAGAAGAACGUUUACUUCAACAAACAUUAGAAUGGAAAAUGUCAUGGUUUGGUACUCGACCUAAUUUGGGUUUUGGACAAACUGCCAAAGCUAUACCACCCAGCUGAUAGCAGUCAACAUUCCAUUAUUAUUUCUAAGUAUAUGGUCUAACUCUAAAUAAAUAAACACCAAGAAUUAUUUGAGAAUUGACUUAAAAAUUAAAUAAAUCACGGAAAAGUGAAUCAAGAAAAUAUAGUAGUUGUAUAAACUUUGUAAUAUAUUCACAGUUUAAUAAUGUAUCUACAGAUUGUUUGCUAAAACAUAGUGUACAAAUGAAUAAAGUAGUUAGGAAUUAUAUACCAUUAACCUUAAUGUCGAAUAUCAAUGUGCAUAAUAUUAAAAAAGAAACUUUGUUAUAAGAAAAUAAAGAAAAAUAAUAGCAUUUA